UCUUGAUGUCAGACGUACGUUUAUAUAGGUACAGCCACACUUGAAACUUAACUUCUACCAUUACCGCUUCAGCGAAUUAAUAUUCCAUCUUUCUUUUAAGAAGCUUUUAGACCGUUCAGAAAGGAACAAUUUUAGAAAAUAUGGAGCUCCCUUCUCGUCCCCUUGGCCGUCAACACAGCAAGUCUCAAUCUGCUUUUGCUUUUGACAACACUGCCACUAGUAUUGCUGCUAGCACUAUGAAGAAUGAGUUGAACCAUCUUACUGAGACUGUCAAAGACCCUGACACCAAGAAGGCCUUCAAGAAGGAGAUGGACAACUUCUUCAGCUUGUUCAACCGCUACUUGCAAGAGAGUGCUAAGGGUACUGAAAUCGACUGGGAUUUAGUAAAGUCUCCUAAGCCCGAGCAAGUUGUCGAGUACGAUACAUUGAAUGACACCACUCUUACUCGCGACUACUUGAACAAACUUGCCGUCUUGAAGUUGAACGGUGGUUUGGGUACUACUAUGGGCUGUGUUGGUCCCAAGUCUAUUAUUGAAGUCCGUGAAGGAAACAGCUUUUUGGAUUUGUCCGUCCGUCAAAUUGAGCACUUGAACAGAAAGUACAACGUUAACGUCCCUUUUGUUUUGAUGAACUCUUUCAACACCGAUGAAGCUACUGCCAAGCUUAUCAAGAAGUAUGAAGCUCACAAGAUUGAUAUUUUGACUUUCAACCAAUCUCGUUAUCCUCGUGUUCACAAGGAAACUUUGCUUCCCGUUGCCGAGUCUAUCGAUUCUCCCAUUGAUCAAUGGUAUCCUCCUGGUCACGGUGAUGUUUUCGAAGCUCUUACCAACAGUGGCAUCAUUGACAAACUUCUUGCUGAGGGUAAGGAAUACUUGUUUGUCAGCAACAUUGAUAACUUGGGUGCCGUCGUCGACUUGAACAUUCUUAAUCACAUGGUUGAAACCAAGGCCGAGUACAUUAUGGAAUUGACCAACAAAACAAAGGCUGACGUUAAGGGUGGUACCUUGAUCGACUAUGAAGGCAAUGUUCGCUUGCUCGAAAUUGCCCAAGUUCCCUCUCAACACGUUGAGGAAUUCAAGUCUAUCAAGAAGUUCAAGUACUUCAACACCAACAACAUUUGGUUCCAUCUUCCCGCCGUCAAGCGUGUUGUUGAAAACCAUGAGCUUUCUAUGGAGAUCAUCCCCAACAACAAGACAAUCAAGCAUAAGGGUGAGAACAUCAACAUUCUUCAAUUGGAAACUGCUGCUGGUGCUGCCAUCCGUCACUUCAAGAACGCUCAUGGUGUGAACGUUCCCAGAAGACGUUUCUUGCCUGUUAAGACUUGCUCCGAUUUGCUCCUUGUCAAGUCCGAUCUCUAUUCUAUCAACCACGGUCAAUUGGACAUGAACCCUCGUCGUUUCGGCGGUUCUGCCCCUCUUGUCAAAUUGGGCACUCAAUUCAAAAAGGUUGCUGAUUUCACCUCUCAUAUUCCCAGCAUUCCUAAGAUUUUAGAGUUGGACCAUUUGACUAUUACUGGUAACGUUAAUAUCGGCCGUAACGUGACUCUCAAGGGUACUGUAAUCAUUGUCGCCAGUGAUUCUAACACCAUUGACAUUCCUAAUGGUUCCGUUCUUGAGAACUGCGUUAUCACCGGUAAUCUUAACAUUCUUGAACAUUAAGGUUUUUUACGUGUUAUAUUUUUAAGUCAUUGUACGCAUAGAUUUUCAUGUUUAUAAUUAGCUUCCCUUAUGAAGUUUUCCUUUAGUUUUAGUGUAAAUUACUGCUGUCCACAACGUUCGCGGGAAAUGACUUGGUAUGAUUUCUUUACGUUCUCUACGAUAUGCUCGACAGAAACAAGAAAAAAAUGAAUUGUUACAGAUUAUUAUUAUAAUUCCAUAUUCAAUUUAAAAAUAAAGUCUAGUCAAGUUUGUAAAUUAUAGAAUGAACGUCAGCUUAG